UGGCUGUCCAUGGCUUCGUCUCCAAAUCCGUCUGUUCCCGGAGCCCUGCCUGCGGGUGUCCUUGGUCCUGCUGCCCUUUGCCCACCAGAUGCGCCCACCCCUGCAGCCCUCCUCUCCCCUCAGCGCCCACCAAGGGAGGCGGCCAGUUCCGGGCCUGCUGUCCUCACGUGCUUUCCCGGCCACCCCCUCCCGCCCUGCGAGGCCGCUAAGCCUGUUCCUCUUCCUCCAAGCUAUUGCGACAGACUGGGCUCCCAGCGCUCCCUGUCCCCGCCCCGCGGCCGUCUCGCUCCACUCCCACUUCCUGAGCCCGGCGCUGGAGCCCUGGAGGCCAGGCCCGGCCGCUCCGGCCCUGGGGGGCACGUCGGCCCAGCAGCUGGGCUCGGGAAGUGGCCGCCAUCACUGCUCAGGAGGUCCGGGCUUCCCACCCUCCUCCCAGGCCUCCACCCAUCUGCUGCACGGCCAGCCCAAGUGCCGCCAUGCGCCUGCCUCCAGCCGCCUCUCCCUGCGGCCUGGCCUGGGGGCCACUCCUGCUGGGCCUCUGUGGCCUCCUGGCAGCAUCCCAGCCCCAGCUGGUGCCCCCUUACCGCUCUGAGGACCGCACGUGCUGGGACCAGGAGAAGGAGUACUAUGAGCCCAAGCAUCAGGUCUGCUGCUCCCGGUGUCCUCCAGGCACCUUCGUCACAGCCGAAUGCAGCCGCAGCCAGAACACGGUCUGUACCACGUGUGCCGAAAAUUCCUACAACGAGCACUGGAACCACCUCUCCAUCUGCCAGCUGUGCCGGCCCUGCGACCUGGUGCUGGGCUUCCUGGAGGUUGCGCCUUGCAGCAGCACUCGCAAGACGGAGUGUCGCUGCCAGCCGGGAAUGUUCUGCGCCCACUGGGACACCGAGUGUGUGCACUGUGAGCCGCUCUCCGAGUGUCCCCCCGGCACUGAAGCCUCGCGCCAAGGUCAGAGGGCAGCCUGAAUUAGAUGGAGAUGAGGAGGCCGACAACACCUGCACCCCCUGCAGGACAGGGCACUUCCAGAACGCCUCCUCCUCCAGUGCCCGCUGCCAGCCCCACACCAGGUGCAAGGACCGGGGCUUGGUGGAGGCAGCCCCAGGCACUGCCCAGUCUGACACGAGCUGCAGAAACCCACCAGAGCCACUGCCCCCCAAGACACCAGGCACGAUGCUGGUGCUGGCCAUCCUGCUGCCCCUGCUCUCCCUUCUGCUGCUCACCACUGUGGCCGCCUGCACCUGGAAGAGCCACCCUUCUCUCUGCAGAAAGCUGGGAUUGCUGCUCAAGAGCCGUCCAGAGGGAGAAGAAUCCCCCUCCUGCCCCCUUCCAAGGGCCAGCCCUCAUGUCCCUGACUUGGUGAAGCCACUACUGCCCGUCUCUGGAGAUCUGUCCCCGGGCCCCACCCGACCCCCAGGACACCCACCUCAGGAGGAAGUGGUGCCGCAGCAGCAGCAGUGUCCUCUGAACCAGACCAGGGAGCCGGAGGCUGAGUUGGGGGAGCAGAGCCAGGUGGCCCACGGUGCCAGCGGCAUUCAUGUCACCGGGGGCUCUGUGACCGUCACUGGCAACAUCUACAUCUACAAUGGGCCGGUGCUGGGGGGAGCGCGGGGCCCGGGAGACCCCCCGGCUUCCCCCGAGCCUCCGUACCCCACUCCUGAAGAGGGUGCUUCCGGCCCUUCGCAGCUGUCUGUGCCCUACCAGGAAGACGGCAAAGCUUGGCAUCUGGCCGAGACAGAGACACUGGGGUGCCACGCGCUCUGACCAGGCCCAAGAGCAGUCGUCACCCUCGCCCGAUGGUGUCCGGGGAGCGAGAGGAGAGGGGCUGAGAGCUGCCUCCCGAGGCUGCCCACCCACAGGACUCAUGGGGCUGGGCAGGCUCUUUGGGCACAGCCCCAAGGGACCAGGCCUCAGAUACUUAGAGAGCGUCAGACCCCAGCUGGGACCGCCCCUGCCAGACUCUCAGCCCUGCCUGGCCAGGCUGUGACCUAGUACUGACCCACUGCCCCAAGGGGCCACACCCACUCAGCCUGGGCCACCCAUGGGGCCCGGGCUCUAACUGCUGGCCACCACAGCACUCCACACCCCGAGCACGGCACCGAGGGGAGCUGGCCACACGGUCUGUCACCCACAAGGACAUCCUCGGAACCUCCGGGGACUCGUGGUGCUUGGCCCCAAGCUUCAGCGGCCUUUGAGGCUCCGUACUUCACGCCGACCAAGCUGGACCCCAGGUGCAGAUGAGGUUGCACGGAGGAUCGCCUGCCCCUGCCUCCUGGAGGAGGAGGGGAGAUGGGUCGGUCACACGGGGGUUGGGUAGGGCUACAGGUAUGGGGGAAGAGUUUGGGAAUGGAGGAAAAUGACGAGUGUAUUUAUAAAUUGUAACCACAUACAAAUAAAAAGGAGAUUGAGACCCA